AUGCUUCUCAAAUUGCAAUGCAAAGUCAACAACUACGCGUGGGGUGUGAAAGGCGAUCAGAGUAUGGCUGGAAAUCUCGCGUACGCCGGAAAACACAUCGACAAUAUCGACAAGAGCAAACCAUAUGCCGAGUUUUGGGUUGGCACGCAUCCAAACGGGCCGUCGGUGGUCAUCGACUUGAAGAAAUCGCUUGAGCAAGUGAUCCUUGAGAACAAAUCGCUUAUCGGGAAACACGAGGCCGAGAAGCUCGGCUUCCUCUUCAAGGUUCUUAGUGUGGCCGGUCCGCUCUCAAUCCAAAUCCAUCCCACCAAAGAGCAAGCGCUUUUCCUUCACACCAAAGAUCCGAAGAACUAUCCCGAUGAUAAUCAUAAGCCGGAGAUCGCGAUUGCGCUAUCCGAUUUCGAGUUGCUGUCCGGCUUUCGCCAACAUUCGCAAAUCUCCGAAUUCUUGAAAUUGUACUCGGAGGUUCAGGAGCUUCUCACCGACGCCGAACGCGAGUAUAUCGAUCGGCUCGGCUCGUAUGGCGAUAGCAGCGCGGCGGCGCUCAAAAUCAUCUUCUCGAAAAUUUGGCGCUCGUCGAAAGAGGAUCUCGAGGCGGUCGUCGGCAAACUGGCGCAUCGUAUUCAGGCGCAAGUCAACAAAUCGCCGCUCGAUGAGAUCAUCGUCUAUCUCUACUCGUUGUACCCUGGCGACGUUGGCGUCUUGGCGCCAAUCUUUUUGAACUACUUCAAACUUCAGCCGGGAGAGGCGACGUUCCUCGAGCCGAACAUGCCGCACGCCUAUCUUAAAGGAGAUUGCGUCGAGUGUAUGGCUUGCGGUGACAACACGAUUCGCGCUGGUCUCACACCGAAGUACAUCGAUGUUGAGUCGCUAGUGGAGAUGCUCAACUAUAAUGAGACGCUUCUGCCGAAAUAUGUGCCGAAUCAGCUUGACGAUGGCUCGAAGCUAUUCACACCGAAAGGAAUUGACGAGUUUUGGGUGCAAGAGGUGAAGACGAGCGGCAAAACGCUUAGACUGCCGUACGCGGACGCCUCGUCGGUGUUGACGGUGCUCGAGGGAAGCGCGACGGUGCGCAUCGGCGACGAGACGACCGAGGUCUCGCGCGGAACCGUCCUCUUCAUUGGAGCGUCGACGAAUGCCGACAAACCGCACAUCGAGGCGAGCCAAGAUUUUCUGGCGUUCCGCGCAUUCUCGCCGUCGCCGAAAGCGCUUCAAGACCUCUCGAACCAUUCGCUGAGAAUUGAUUAA